CUUUACCCUGGCUCCGCCCCUGGCGGCGGGGGCGCGGGGAUGGCGGCCGCGGUUGCCGGUGCCGGCGGCGGCGGCCGGGGUGGUGCGUGAGGGGGCGAUGGCGGAGCUGCGUGAAGGGCAGCGGUGCGGCGUGUCCUGCGGCGCCGCGGCCGCCGGUGUCACCGUGCUGCACGUUAGGCUCACCGAGACCGCGCUGAGGGCGCUCGAGUCCUACCGGGGCGCGCAGGAUCGUGUUUCUUCUCAACCCACAGUUCAGUUUCAAGGAUCCCAAGGGCUUAUUAAAAUUCCCAAAGCCAAUCAGCCAAAUGAAGUGCAUGCAUUUAACUUCUACGUUUCAAAUGUUGGCAAAGAUAACCCUCAGGGAAGCUUUGACUGUGUCCAGCAAAAGAACUCGAGUUCUGGAGCCAUGCAGCUCAGUUGCGUGGGAAGCAUUCAGAAUAAAAUCACAAUCUGUGCCACCAGUGAUUCCUAUCAGACAACCAGAGAGCGCCUGACCCAGGUGGAAGAGUCGUCGCGCAAUCGAAGUGCAAAGAUUAUUAAGCCUGGUGGACCACUUUUAGGCAAAAGAGUACAGAUCAGAAAACCAGCACAAAGCAUCCCAGAUGCUGUGCCUGAGAGGAAGAGAUCGACCCCUGUGAACCUUGCAAAUACCAUCCGGAGAACACACACACAGAACAGCGUUUCUCAGCGACCGUACAAGGACAGGGUGAUUCACUUGCUGGCACUGAAGAGCUACAAGAAACCAGAGUUGCUCACUCGCCUGCAGAGAGAUGGUGUCAACCAAAAGGACAGGAACUGCCUUGGAGCUAUCCUUUGUCAGGUGGCCAACCUGAACCCAAAGGAUAAUUCUUACUCUCUGAAGGAUUUUGCAUUCAAAGAAAUUCAGAAAGAUUGGCCUGGAUACAGCGAAACAGAUAAGAAAUCAUUGGAGUCAAUACUUUCUGAAAAAUUAAAGUCAUCUCAGAACGCCACCAGCAGCAGCCAUUUGGAAUCUACUGUAACUUCUAAGAAAGAGCCUCCAGCAACUUCUUCUCAGGUUUUCUCAUUAUUACAGAAGCGACUCAUGAAUUCCAAUUUUAUUGAUCCUCUGAGGAACAAAAGGCAGAGGAUAUCUCGCCUGGUCAGUCGAGCGCAGCAGUCACUCAGCAGCCCCUGGCCUGCCUCUGGCCAGAAAGCCACUACCACCUCUCCGCCACCUCUUCCCCCAGCAGCCGCCUCGACUCCCACUCCUCUGCCGCUGCCUUCCACCCUUGUUCCCACUUCCAAUGCUCCUCAAAGUGUCAUCUCCAGCUCCCCCAGCACCCCUGAGGGGCGAGGGACGCAAGACCUGCCAAUGGACAGCUUCAGCCAAAAUAGCAGCAGCACCUGUGGGAACCAGCAGCAAAAAUAUACCUCUUGGACUUCUUUGGGAAUGCUGGCGUCUGCGGCAAGGCAGGUAGAGCCUCCCAGAUCCACAGACAAGAAACGUUUGAAGUUCCAGAAGCCUGGGAAGGUAAAGGAGUGUAAGGAGAAGGACAACACAAGUGCCAGUGAGGAGGAGAAAGACGUUAGAAAAGAAGAAACUACCAGGCUGAAAAAGUCCUCCCAUUCAAAUAUAGGUGAAGGAGUUAAAGAAACUUGCACUGCCUCCACAGAUGCUCCUUCAUCAACAAGUGAACUGCCAGACUACUUGAUAAAAUACAGAGCUAUAGUCUCGCACGAGCAGCGCCAGAAGUACAAGAGUGACUUCAAUGCAGAGUACAAUGAAUACAGGAACUUGCAUGCUCGGAUGGAGAGUGUCACCAGGAGGUUCAUGAAGCUUGAUGCACAACGAAAGCUUCUUUCUCCAGAGUCCAAAGAAUAUCAGGUUCUUCAAGAGGAGGUCUUAGAAGAAUAUAGAAAGUUAAAACAGUCCAGUCCCAACUACUACGAGGAGAAGUACAGGUAUGAAUAUUUGCACAAGAAGCUUUCUCACAUCAAGAGACUCAUUAGGGAGUUUGACCAUCGGCAAGUGGAGUUGUGCUGUUGGUCUCCUUCUUCGUCUGGGACAUGUGAAUGAACUGAAAAUUAUUUAUUUAUUACUUAAGAUGAGUUGCUCUGAGAUUAUAAGAUUUAGUACCAUACUUUUGCAUUCAAAAGUUUCAGUAUUAGCAGACUUAACUACAUUCUUCAUUAUUGAUGUUACUUAUAUGCCUAUUUGAAGCUGCUUUUUGUGGUCCCUUCGUUCUUCAAGACUUAUGUUAGUCCAUUGAAAUAACUUUUAUCAGUAGAUGCUGGGGAUUUAGUACAUCUACUAUUAAGUUGUGCACCUUUUAAGGGAAUAUUGUAGAAACUUGAAGUGCUUUUUGGAUAAAUAUAAGGCUGUUUUCUGACCUUUUCUUGUUAAUGCAAACUCUUUGCCUUAAGUGGUAGAAGGUUUAGAAAUUUGCACUAAAUAAUAAUAAUAAUUAAAAAAAGAAAAAUGCCAUUGUUUUGGAGGGUUGAAGAGGCAUGUCUGUGUGCUGUAUACAGCCCAUUUUGUUACAGCAGAAACUAACCCCUGCAACUUAAACCCCCCAACUGCAGUGGUUGCCUUAAGGUAUUUGCUGGUGUACAUUUUGUGUAGUUGAAACGAUUUAUCUACACGGCUUCCCGCUUCACUGAAGCAGCUGGGAAAGCAUUAUGUGGCCUAACGGAGUCUGGGUAUGUGCGUGUGUGCGUGCAUGUGUGUUCUCUGUGUAUGUGUGCGCAUCUGAGUGCGAACAUGCUGGGGAUAAUUAAACAAAGCUGCUACUCUUGGUAGGCCCAAACGCUCAGGUUAAAACAACUUGAUGAGUGUUGCUGUAGGUUUUUUUUUUCCUAUGAAAUCACUACUUCUGUCAUGGAAAGUGAGGGUGUUUCCAUUUCAAUAGUUUGUCAGCUUUAAUAAUAUUAGGGAGAUUGAUACUUUACAAAAAUGAAACAUAUAGUUUUGAGGCAGGAUUGUAAAAUUAAAUGUGUAGGCAACCUAUUUAUAUACUACUAUAAAGUAUUUUUUGGAGAGAAUAUGCAAAGAAGCUAUUGCCUACAUGACCUAUAUAUUUAAAGACUUUUUGUCCUGGGUGCCAGGAAUAUAACAAAGAGCAAAUGCGUUUAACUAUAAAAUACUGUGAUCACUUAACAGCACAAAACAUUCAUUUCAUGCAGUUUUAUUUGGUUUGUUUUGAUGUAAACCAAAAUUGCUGAUUUUAUCUUGUGAAAAACACAGGUUAUUUGGUCAAAAUGAAGUAAGACCCUUGUAUGUCUUUACUGUGUUUUGUCUUUUCGAAAUGCUGCCAACUGAAAAGGGAAGCAUUAUGUUUACAAAUCUGGUUUAUUUGGGGAAUUCAUGCCAAAAGUCAGUAAUAUCAAUAACAAGCUUUAUCUUCAGUAUCAAAAAAAGAAACAAACUGCUGUGUAUCGUUGUAAACCAGUAAAUGUCUGAUUGCCACAAAACAUGCACUCAGGUGAAGGGGAGCAAUCAAAUUUUUGCCUUAACUUUGCGAGUUCAGAGACGUUAUUCCCAAGGAUGGAAUAGCAAGCAAAAUGCAUCCCUUUCUGCUGUGUUUGUGUUAUUUACUUGAACCAGGUUGAUUUUGGGUCCCUUAGGUUGGUACAGUUGUCUUCAACUCCACAUUUCAAAUGACAGAAUGAAGAGAGGGCUUCUUUCUUCCCAUUAAGAGCUGCAUUUACCGGGGUUUGACAACUGAAUCUGGCCCUGCGCAUACACACACGAUGAUGCCCAGGUGUGAAAUGCAUGGGCUGUAUAACUCACCGCAUCUGGGUGGUUCACCUUCAACCUACAAACGAAGUGAGUCCUUCAGACUGAAAUAAUGUGAAGCUCCUGGUGUUGGACCCAUUUUGGCAAUUGAUUGCCCUUCAUCUUAAACCAUGUGCCUGAAUCUGAUGUCAGCUGUCACCACGGGACAGACAGUGCUGCUGCUGCAGCAGCCUUGGUGUUGCCGUUGUUCGUAGCGCGAUUGCUGUAGAACCAGUGCAGUUCACUUGAUUUUUUCCACCCAUUGCCUUUUGCUGUUGGCCUGUUUUCACAUGCACCUCCUGGUUUUCAGGUUGCAUGUGCAUUGGCUGCAUCGAGGAGGAGGUUAGUGUCGAAGAAGGAGGUUGAUGCCAGAGAGAGGAGUUUGGUGCCAGAGGAGGAGGUUGGUGUCGGAGGGAAGAGGUCGGUGCCAGAGGAGGAGGUUAGUGCUGUUUCAGAGGUCCAGCACUGCAUCUCACCGUCAGACCCAACCAGCUAUUGUAAAAGCCUUAACUGAAGGCUUUUCCCACUUACACUGAGUAGUCCUGACAGCCUGCAGUUUGCAAAACAGUGCUGUAAAUCCAUGUAUCUCCUGCUUCCCUGGAGUUAACAUCCCCGUUCAGCUCACGUCCCUCACCUGUUGAAGCAGGACUGUGACUACGUUCUGCCUUUUGCUGUAAAACCACCUUGCUCGCUCAAAGAAACCAACACUGCCUGUGGCUGGGGUCACACUACUACAAAGCUAGUUUCUAAUGUAGAAAAUGAGCAGCCACACACAGCUUCUUCAUGGAAACUGUGAAUAUCACUGCAGGAAAGUAACUACAAGCUUGAGGGGGAUACAAUAGCUCUGUCCUGUGAGCUGAAAAACCAAAGGCUGGGAGGAUCAGUUUCCAGUCUGGCUGGGGUUUUGAGGGACAAAGGCUGUGCUCAGAGUAGUUUUGUUUUUAAAUUGCAGUUACACUCUAAGCUGUCAUGUCACUGCUUUUCCAUUUCCAGUUCACCGUAGCAGUUUUUCAAAAAAUAGAUAGUACUGUUAAGAUCUUCUGGAAUUGUUCUUUAAAAUGCGUAGACGAGUGUUGAAGGCAAGUUACUGAGACAGGUUUAGACAGAUUUUAGGUGUUGGUAUUGUAACUGUGCUCAUUGUUCAUCUUCUUUAAAAUGAAGUUUUUGCAGCUAGUCCUUUAGAUACAUAGUCAUUGAUUCACGCACACCUGUUGCUACUUUGGAGUAAAGUUCUUUUAGCUUCAUUAUGAAUUGUUUCUGUAUGUGAUAGGGGAAGGAUGUGACAGCAAUUCCAUGCCCUUCUUUUGAGGAAGGUUAUGAAAUUGAUGAAGGCAGGAUAAUAUUUGGGAGGCUGAAGGCUUAAGAUGGGGCUGUGAAUCCCCCUUUCCUGACUUUCAGUGUGUUUUUAUGACUUUUUUGAUUGUUUCCAUACAAAACUGUAUUGGGGCUCCAUAUGUGAACCAUCCUGAGGCAUUCAUUAGUGAACACUUGAGACAUUGUUGCCCCACUGAUCUGCAUCAACACAAGCUCAAUAAAAUGAAUUCAUUUUCUGAUCUUAAGGCUCUGCCCUCUCCUUGACUGGGGUGGGGAGGAUCCUCUCCAGAGGCAAAUGGUGUGAUUCUGCCAUGGGGACCACUGGCUUUGCUGCCAGAGCACAGAGUAAAUGCUGAUGGACAAGAGACACAGCAAUGGCACUCACCCCACCAUUAACAUCCUGCUGAUGAUUAGACAGAGAAAUGAGAAAGGUCAUCCUCUGUCUGUGACCACUCUGCCUUUUUUACCUCAGGUUCAAUUUUUUUUCGGCGACAUCCAGCGGCAGGACGCGGUCCUGGCUGACUGGGGAAGUUCCACUGGACUGGAGGCUGGCUGAUGUUGUGCCCAUCUACAAGAAGGGUUGCAGAGAGGAUCCGGGAAACUACAGGCCUGUCAGUCUCACCUCAGUGCCGGGGAAAGUCAUGGAGCAGGGCAGUCUUGCUGCAUACUUUUUCAGUGAAAGCAUCUUCCUAGCCAUCUGGCCGAAAGGUACCACAGUGCAUCUGGAAGGGUUUACUGACUCGGAAGGUUUGCUGGCAUCCCACAUCAGCAGCGUGGGCUUGUUUAUUAAUUCAAUCAAUCCCUUCUAAGACCAAAGAGUUAUCAAUGAAGCUUUAGCUGUAUUAGAGCAGACACCUUGUGUGAGUGCAUAACCGAGGGAAGGAAGGGAUCACUCUGAAAUGGAACAGAAGGUGGAAGCCUUUGACAAGAAAAUACUGACAACCGUGGAGGUCAACCAACACAAAGCGAGCACCGAGUGCAGCAGGAGCCAACAUCUGGGCUAGAAGUAGGGUAAUCCUCUCACCUCUCCCUAGCAUCUUCGGCCUUGCAGGGUGAUGUGGGAGCUGCUGUGCAGUGAAACCCCUUUUGAAGGACAGCCUGGCCACCUCUGCAACCUGUCCUGGAAUGGUUCCAGUGAUUCCGAUCUACCUGUAUCCAAAUGGCAUCUCCUUCAUACAAAUCCAUGUCCACCUCCCUUAACACAUGCCUUCAGCCUCCUAUCCUAUGGAAUUGCUCCUGCACCAUAGUUGUGCCUUCUGAAGCACUCAAAUGUUUUAAACACCUUAAUUACCUUAAAAUUUUAAUGCAUAUUAACAUUUAUAGUGGUUUCUUA